UGUCUUGAAGGAAACCGAAACCCACCUGUGAGGAAGUUGCUUGCGUUGACAUAAAUCAAUAUUUACAACUACAUUUCAACCUGGUCAACGUUCAACGUCCCUACGCGCUAAUUAAAUGAACGUAAUUAAAGGUGGUGUCUUCACUCCCGGUGCAUUAUGGGUCAGUGGAGGCCUGUGUCUAACCUGAGAGAUGGGGUCUCUCGACACCCUCCUGUGGUCGUGUUCUUCCUCAGUCUGCUGAUCAUCUCCAUAACUUUCGUCUGCACUGGACUUUACUCGCAGAAUCACGACAUCAAGAACCCUGACAUCAGCGUGGACUGGAACGGGGUUCUGGGUGCUAUUGCUGGUUUUCAGUUCUGCACACACGUGAACGACACAGAUGCACCGCUGCAGGAAGACUCUCCCCGGAUGGUGGAGCAUGCAGAUACGACAAAUAUUUCCACGAGCACUUCUCAUGUUUCCUUACUGGUGCCGCUGGUGUUUACAGGGGACGUCCCAGAUGAGACCGUCAUUAGUGCCACAAUGCUGGGCAGCCAGCUGGGCAUCAAAGGGGCUGCAGCGAAAGCAUCCGUGAACAUUUCCCUGCUCCUCCGUACUGAUGUUCCCAACAAUCAAACUGCUGGACCGCGGAGCUGUCUUCACUUCACUGCCCUGACCCACGUUCUCCCUCACACUCCGUCACCUCCAGAAUGCCCAGUCGCGGAGGACGUGGAUAAGAACGCUUCACCUGUCAGGAGGACGGUUGCUGUAGAAUCAAACAAGCGCAAUUCCCCGCAUUGCUUUGGUCUGGAGUUCAAAUCAGAUCCACACCUGACGGUCCUGCUCACUAAGGAUGAAAAGGCCUUGUGCCGGUAUCACCUGUUGCUGGUCAGUGUUGCUCUGCUGGUUGUCUGCAUCCUCAUGAGCCUCUGUGGAAGUUGCUCUUCACGUUCACGUUCUUACCAGAGGAGCGAUCUUCAAAAGGAAUCACUGUUGAGCCCAUGAGGAACAUCUGCAGAACAUCCACAUUUGAGACUGAACCGGCCGUCAGAGCGCAUGAAGAAAUUAGCGUUUGGGUAUUCAGCAGUUUUCCAUUGCCAACAUGUUGGUCCAAGAAAUUGCAACCAGGUUGCUUGCAGUGCCAUCCAAACAGAUCUGGUCUACACGUGACUUUAUUUCAUGUUAUAAUAAUAGAAGUAGAGUUAACAAUCACAAUCCAAAGAACAUAACCUGAGACUUAUGAGUAUAAAAUAACGGAAGUUAGAAAAUCAUAAGCUUUCUUUUGACAUCACAUUAUAUUAAUUUAAAUGCAUUAAAUAUACAUCAUUUUGUUAAUU